ACCGGCAUCUGGCUAACGUUACCAGAGAGAAAAUGGCUUCUGGGGGGCCUCCGGGGGCCGGCCGGGGCGGGCGAGGCUGAACCCCGCUUCCCGAGUCCCCCCUCCCGCGUUGGGCGCGCCCACCUCGGGGCUCCCGUGGCCCCCGCCCUCCCGGGCGCGCCGGGCUGGGAGCUGAGGAGGUUGGCGCGAGCCGUGGGCGAGGCGGGGCCGCGCGCUGGGUCCCCCUCCCCCUCCCGCAGGUCCCCUCCGGAGCGCCCCGCGCAGCCUGCAUCUCCCGCUCCCCGCCUCCGGCCCGGCCCGGGGCGCCGUGGCGGUGGGCUCGGCCUGCCGCGGACAAGGUCAGGAGACGGAGAGGCGAUGCCCGAGUGCGACUGCAGGGAGCCGAGCGGAGGCGACAGCGGCUGGGAUCUGUCCCUCCUGACCGGGGAGCGGGACUGGGGCAGGCGCCGGUGAGGAGGAGGAGAAGCGGCGGCGGCAGCGGCGCGGUGUUCUCCUCUCCGGCCAGAUUUCCCCUCUGAAGCAUCCCUGUAGGCGCCCGAGAGCGCAUCCCGGCCGGGCAGGGGCGCUGGGAAAGAUGGAACCGGGGAGCCGGGCCCGCACUGGUCCCCCGCAGCCGGCGGCCCCGGGGCCGUGGAGAGCUCGGCCGGCGGGCGGCGGCGGCGGCAGCGGCGGCGGCGCCUCCUUCUGGCUGCUGGACGGAAACAGCUGGCUGCUGUGCUAUGGCUUCCUCUACCUGGCGCUCUACGCGCAGGUGUCCCAGUCCAAGCUCUGCGAGAGGACCGGCUCCUGCUUUUCGGGCCGCUGUGUCAACUCCACCUGCCUCUGCGACCCGGGCUGGGUGGGGGACCAGUGCCAGCACUGCCAGGGCAGGUUCAAGUUAACAGAACCUUCCGGAUAUUUAACAGAUGGUCCAAUUAACUAUAAGUAUAAAACCAAAUGUACAUGGCUAAUUGAAGGCUAUCCAAAUGCAGUGUUAAGAUUAAGAUUCAAUCAUUUUGCUACAGAAUGUAGCUGGGAUCAUAUGUAUGUUUAUGAUGGAGAUUCAAUAUAUGCACCUUUAAUAGCUGUACUUAGUGGUUUGAUAGUCCCUGAAAUAAGGGGAAAUGAAACUGUACCUGAAGUUGUUACAACGUCUGGCUAUGCACUGUUACAUUUUUUUAGUGAUGCGGCAUAUAAUCUAACUGGCUUCAACAUUUUUUACUCAAUCAAUUCUUGUCCUAACAAUUGCUCUGGUCAUGGGAAGUGUACAACUAGUGUCUCUGUUCCAAGUAGAGUAUAUUGUGAGUGUGAUAAAUACUGGAAGGGUGAAGCUUGUGACAUUCCUUACUGUAAAGCCAAUUGCGGCAGUCCAGAUCAUGGUUACUGUGACCUAACAGGAGAAAAGCUGUGCGUCUGCAAUGAUAGUUGGCAAGGUCCUGAUUGUUCUUUGAAUGUUCCUUCCACUGAGUCUUACUGGAUUCUGCCAAAUGUUAAACCCUUCAGUCCUUCUGUAGGUCGGGCUUCCCAUAAAGCUGUUUUACAUGGGAAAUUUAUGUGGGUGAUUGGUGGAUAUACUUUUAACUACAGUUCUUUCCAAAUGGUCCUGAAUUACAAUUUAGAAAGCAGUAUAUGGAAUGUAGGAACUGUAUCAAGGGGACCUCUCCAGAGAUAUGGGCAUUCUCUUGCUUUAUAUCAGGAAAACAUCUUUAUGUAUGGAGGCAGAAUUGAAACAAGUGAUGGCAAUGUCACAGAUGAAUUAUGGGUUUUUAACAUACAUAGUCAGUCGUGGAGUACAAAAACUCCUACUGUGCUUGGACAUGGUCAGCAGUAUGCUGUGGAGGGACAUUCAGCACAUAUUAUGGAGUUGGAUAGUAGAGAUGUUGUCAUGAUCAUAAUAUUUGGAUAUUCUGCAAUAUAUGGUUAUACAAGCAGCAUACAGGAAUACCAUAUCUCAUCAAACACUUGGCUUGUUCCGGAAACUAAAGGAGCUAUUGUUCAAGGUGGAUAUGGCCAUACCAGUGUGUAUGAUGAAAUAACAAAGUCCAUUUAUGUUCAUGGAGGCUAUAAAGCAUUACCAGGCAACAAAUAUGGAUUGGUAGAUGACCUUUAUAAGUAUGAAGUUAACACUAAGACUUGGACUAUUUUGAAAGAAAGUGGGUUUGCCAGAUACCUUCAUUCAGCUGUUCUUAUCAAUGGAGCUAUGCUUAUUUUUGGAGGAAAUACCCAUAAUGACACUUCCUUGAGUAACGGUGCAAAAUGUUUUUCUGCCGAUUUCCUGGCAUAUGACAUAGCUUGUGAUGAAUGGAAAAUAUUACCGAAACCAAACCUUCAUAGAGAUGUCAACAGAUUUGGACACUCUGCAGUUGUCAUUAAUGGGUCCAUGUAUAUAUUUGGAGGAUUUUCUAGUGUACUCCUUAAUGAUAUACUUGUAUACAAGCCUCCAAAUUGCAAGGCUUUCAGAGAUGAAGAACUUUGUAAAAAUGCUGGUCCAGGGAUAAAAUGUAUUUGGAAUAAAAAUCACUGUGAAUCUUGGGAGUCUGGGAAUACUAAUAAUAUUCUUAGAGCAAAGUGCCCUCUGAAAACAGCUGCUUCUGAUGACAGAUGUUACAGAUAUGCAGAUUGUGCCAGCUGUACUGCCAAUACAAAUGGGUGCCAGUGGUGCGAUGACAAGAAAUGCAUUUCAUCAAACAGUAACUGCAGUAUGUCUGUGAAAAACUAUACCAAAUGUCAUGUGAGAAAUGAGCAGAUUUGUAACAAACUUACCAGCUGUAAAAGCUGUUCACUAAACUUGAAUUGCCAGUGGGAUCAGAGACAACAAGAGUGCCAGGCUUUACCAGCUCAUCUUUGUGGAGAAGGAUGGAAUCAUAUUGGGGAUGCUUGUCUUAGAAUUAAUUCCAGUAGAGAAAACUAUGACAAUGCAAAACUUUAUUGCUAUAAUCUUAGUGGAAAUCUUGCUUCAUUAACAACCUCGAAAGAAGUAGAAUUUGUACUGGAUGAAAUACAGAAGUAUACGCAACAGAAAGUAUCACCUUGGGUAGGCUUACGCAAGAUCAAUAUAUCCUACUGGGGAUGGGAAGACAUGUCGCCAUUUACAAACACAACACUACAGUGGCUUCCUGGUGAACCCAAUGAUUCUGGAUUCUGUGCGUAUCUAGAAAGGGCAGCAGUGUCAGGCUUAAAAGCUAAUCCUUGUACCUCUAUGGCAGAUGGUCUUGUCUGUGAAAAACCUGUUGUUAGUCCAAAUCAAAAUGCAAGGCCUUGCAAAAAGCCAUGCUCUUUAAGGACAUCGUGUUCCAACUGUACCAGCAACGGCAUGGAGUGUAUGUGGUGCAGCAGCACGAAGCGAUGCGUUGACUCGAAUGCUUACAUAAUCUCUUUUCCAUAUGGACAGUGUCUGGAGUGGCAGACUGCCACCUGCUCUCCUCAAAAUUGUUCUGGAUUGAGAACCUGUGGACAAUGUUUGGAACAGCCUGGGUGUGGCUGGUGCAACGAUCCUAGUAAUACAGGAAGAGGACACUGCAUUGAAGGGUCUUCCCGGGGACCAAUGAAGCUUGUUGGAAUGCAUAAUAAUGAGAUGGUUCUUGACACCAGUGUUUGUCCUAAAGAGAAGAACUAUGAGUGGUCCUUUAUCCAGUGUCCAGCUUGCCAGUGUAACGGACAUAGCACUUGCAUCAGUAAUAACGUGUGCGAACAGUGUAAAAAUCUUACCACAGGAAAGCAGUGUCAAGACUGCAUGCCAGGUUAUUAUGGAGAUCCAACCAACGGAGGACAGUGUACAGCUUGUACAUGCAGUGGACAUGCAAAUAUUUGUCAUAUGCACACAGGAAAAUGUUUCUGCACAACUAAAGGAAUAAAAGGUGAUCAAUGCCAAUUAUGUGACUCUGAAAAUCGCUAUGUUGGUAAUCCACUUAGAGGAACAUGUUAUUACAGCCUUUUGAUUGAUUAUCAGUUUACAUUCAGCUUAUUACAGGAAGAUGAUCGCCACCAUACUGCCAUAAACUUCAUAGCAAACCCAGAACAGUCAAACAAAAAUUUGGAUAUUUCAAUAAAUGCAUCAAACAACUUUAAUCUCAACAUUACAUGGUCAGUUGGUUCAACAGCUGGAACAAUAUCUGGGGAGGAGACCCCUAUAGUUUCCAAGACUAAUAUAAAAGAAUACAGAGAUAGUUUUUCCUAUGAAAAAUUUAACUUUAGAAGCAAUCCAAACAUUACGUUCUAUGUGUACGUCAGCAACUUUUCAUGGCCCAUUAAAAUACAGAUUGCAUUCUCACAACAUAAUACAAUCAUGGAUCUUGUGCAGUUUUUUGUCACCUUCUUCAGUUGUUUUUUAUCCUUACUACUGGUGGCCGCUGUGGUGUGGAAGAUCAAGCAAACAUGUUGGGCUUCUCGACGGAGAGAGCAACUGCUUCGAGAACGACAGCAGAUGGCCAGCCGUCCCUUUGCUUCUGUUGAUGUAGCCCUGGAAGUGGGAGCUGAACAAACAGACUUUCUGCGAGGGUCAUUAGAGGGAGCACCCAAACCAAUAGCCAUUGAACCAUGUGCUGGGAACAGAGCGGCAGUUCUGACUGUGUUUCUUUGUCUACCACGAGGAUCAUCAGGUGCCCCUCCCCCAGGGCAGUCAGGCCUUGCAAUUGCCAGUGCCCUAAUAGAUAUUUCACAACAGAAACCUUCAGAUAGUAAAGACAAGACUUCAGGAGUCCGAAAUCGAAAACACCACCUCUCAACACGUCAAGGAACGUGUGUCUGAGAAGCAGAAACUGCUCCUGGAGGUUCUGUAAUGUUUGACUUUGUAAAUGGCUUCCAUUAAGGCUGGUCUGUGGCCUCGAUUUUUAUGGAGGCAAAUCUCUGUAUGGUCCCAGGGCCCAGAUACAGUUACCUGCAAAUGGGCAAUGACCCGAGUGGCCAAAGAAUGUUCAUGAGUUUUAUCAAAGUAACAGUAUUGAUGGUCACAGGUGAUAAAGUUAGUUUUUAAGACUAUCUUAGGCUUAUCACAGAUAACAUUACUCUGGAAAAAAAUGUAUAUUGUUUCUUAAUGGAGAUAAAAAAUAUGUAAUUCAUAUAAACCAAACUGUUUAUAUCCCAAGACUUUAAAGAAAGACAUUUUAUAAUGCCUGAAUGAUGAAAAUUGUACAGUUUUUGCCUCAUAAGCAAACUUAAGUCACUUGUAUAUGAGCAGGAAAUGAACAAAUUGCAAUGGCUUUAGAUGCUGUUUUAUCUCAUGUAAACGUAAAAGCAGGAUUUUGAUUUAGUAGGAUGUAAGCAAUGUAUUUAAAUAUUUCACAGGACCAUAUCAUGUCCAAACUCAGUUUUCAAAUGUGACUAUUUUCCACCUAACUGGAAUGCAGACCAAAAUGAGUCCAUUUGGAUGGAUGGUAUAUGCAACUUCACAGGAGGUUUAUUAGAAUUCUGAGUGAAGAGGACAUUGCUUUCGUCCAUGCCAACCGCCUAACUCAUUAUCAGAGCUGAUAGAGCAUGGAAAAGCCUGUCCAGCAAUCAAUUUUUGCCCUCCUUCCCAAACCAGCCUCCAAUACCACAAACCUAAAGAGAGCUGAAAUAGUUAUUUUACAGUAUGCAAGCUUCUGCUCUAAUAUGGUAAUUUUUUAAUUGCCUAGGAAUCAUUGGAUCAGACCUAAAUGAUCCAUCUGCAUUUUUAUAAGAACAGAUCAUGUUCUUUUGGCCUUCCUCUCCUAGCGGCUAGAUUUUAUCUACUUUUUACAAACAUUAUGAAAAGUAUUUUAGAGACAGCGCCUCCUCCAAGUCAUAAAAUGACCCAGGUUCCUUCCUGCCAACUAUUUCACUUAGAACACAAGUAGAGAAGAGCAUUUGCUGGCAAGCAUCUACAGUAUUCCUGUUUCUAACACAAGCACAUUGGUGUCGUGAGAGAGUCUCCAGUUUAAGAAAUAAAAUAAGUUCAUUGUUGCCCACAUUUAGCAUAUUGUUAAUGAUUCAAAAAUCUGAAUUACGGCAGAAAGGAAAAAUGAUAGAAGACAGCUUUCACAUUGGAACAUAGAAUCAUUUGUGUCCUAAUUUUGACAACUGUUCACUAGAACUCAGUAGAUUAACAGAUCUUGUUUGGAAUUGCAGUUUCUUAACUUCAAGGGAACUACAAAAUAUAUGUAGAGAGCAGUGACAGAAAUAUCUAAAACUGCUUUAUACAAUAUAGUUUUGUUCAAUAUGAAAGUCAUUUAACUAUAAUUGAUGUUUAGUACUAUCUAUGUACUUAUCAUGUUCUUUGGAUUUCUGGAAGGUAAUGACACUUUACUGUUUACAGCUAAUGCAUAGUUACUUGCAUGCUAUGGUUGUGCAGUAGCAGAAUAUGACCCUAUUGUGAUAUUAAGUGUUUAUUUCACAAUGCCAUUUAGACAUAGCCAGCUUAAUUUGAUGGGAACGAAUGUAAUAUAUAACAGGAAUGAUCAUACACUAUGUAGUUGCAUCAUAUAUAAGAUUGCUAGGUUGCAUCUAACCAUGACUAUGUCAUUGUUUUGAUAAUUAGGCAUUUAUGAAUUAUAGUAUAUAUUCCUUAUGUUGGCAUGAUAAUUUUGCUAUUUUCCAUGCAUUAAAAAUAAGACUAAUUCUUAGAUCAAUUUAAUCUAUAGCCUAUGGGGUUUUUGGGGGGCUAGGGAGUAGAGCUGGUUGUUUUUACCUCCCUAUGAUAUUUUCUCUCUCUCUCAAAAAGAAAAGAAAAUUGAGCGAAGUUUGUAAAUGUCUCCUGAAAACCAUCAAGCAAUUUUAUUAGUUUUUUGGGGGGCCCUUUAAAUGUUGAUUUUUUUCUCCUGGAAAAAUAAAUUGACAAAACUGGUGAAUACAAAAAUAUAAUCAUUUAAAAAUAAAAUGAUUGCCCAAUUUGUUUAAUACUCUGUAACAAUUGUCAUGAGAGAAAGCAUAUAUAACAAAAAUACGGAAACAUACAGAGUUGUCCGUAAAAUCUAUUUCAGCUAUAUUUUUAGAGAGGCUAAGCAAACAGAAUUACUGUGAAAGAAUUGUCAAGCCUCAUUCACCUCGAAUCCCAUCAGGUUCUUAAAAUUCAGAAAUUUGAAUUUCAGACAAUUACGGGACAUAAUGCAAUGUUAAGUUAAAGUCAUACUAAACCCUUCUGGGCCAAAUAUUGCUAACUCUGUGACUAAUUAUGCAAUAUCUUCUCGACUUUCCAAAGCUUUUUACUGGCAAUAAAACUCUUCACCCUUAGGUGAAGUGGAUUGAAAAGACCUUAGGGAUAAUCACUUUGAAUCUGUGUCAUGUUCUUUUUUUCCCCACAUCCCAAACACUUUUAAUUUGGAAGCUUUUUUUUUUUUUUUUUAAAUCAAACCACAAGUAUAUGCAGAUACUCUUCAAGAAGUUAGGCAUUAAAUGACUGAUUCUCUUGAAAACUCAUCUUAAUGGAAUUGUGUACAUUUCAGUUUAGAAUGACUUUGAAAAAUUCUUUAGAUUUUAGGGUUUCUUAUUCUUCCAAAUAUGAAAAACUUUGGUUAAGUGGAAUGGAGUUUUAAAAAUUAACCUGGGGACACUAUUUGGACAGUUAGAGAAUUCUCAUUGAAAAAAGAUGCACAUGCUUACAGAUCAAUUUAAUACAUUUUAAGAGGAUUGGGAUUUUCGUAAUUGCUUUUAAAUGAAAAUUUAUUUAGUGAUACACAUAGAAGGAAAAUGUAUGCCAUAUACUACUGUGUUAUGUUCAAUAGGAAAACUUCAAGUAGAAUAUAUUUCAACCUGUAAUCGAUACUUGCUAUGCUUCUCAAUAUCUCAUUUUCUCUGAGUUCCAGUAAGACAGCAGUGACUGCCUGGCUUUGUGUUGCUGCAGGAUCAUUUAGAGUGCAGACUGGUGGCUGGACCUGAGAACAGAUGUUGCAACCAGCUUUGAGCUGUGUGGUGCUGGCACGUUUUAACCUUUUGAAGCCUCAGACUUUCCAUCUGUGGGGGAAGGUACUGGUGCCCACCUUGCAGAGCUGUUGUGAGCCUAGAAGAUAAUAGACAUAGAGCUUCCACGACGGGCCCUCAGUGCACUGUAGCUGGUAUUGACAAUCAUGGGACCACCAGGCCGCUCUUUUUCUACCGAUUGUUUUAUGAAUUCAUCUAUUAAUUUUUCAUUCAUUCUUUUCACCAUAGGUAAAAGCCAAGUAGGUUUUUACAAAUGAAGAUUUCAUAAAAACUUAAGUUCCUGUAUUUCUAGGAUAUAGAGAUUUCUAAAAAACCACUUGGAUAUUUUGAUCAAUAGUGGCUCUAACUCUUUCAAAAAUAUAUACAGUUUUAGUAAAGCAUUUUUUAAAUGACUGCUUGGUGACAUUUAGACAGAAACAUCAAUUGUCACUUUCUCGUCAAAAUUUGGCAAGAAGGAUCGAUCCUUAUGUUUGGUUGUCAUACAUAAUACAUCCUUUUUUCAUUGAACAUAAAACUAUGAUUUGAAAAGUGUUUCAUGUAAAAAGUUUUAAAAAAUUAAAACUGAUCAAAUGAACUAAUUCUACCCACAUAGACUUAAAAAAAAUAUCAGCUUCCAAAGACCAUUUGCUAUUUUACUAAGGUGAGUUUGGAACUUACUUGAUCGUAAGACUACCUGGGUCAGUGCAGAUUCCUACCUUUGCCUCUAGAGAUUAAGAUACGGAAGGACUUGAUGAACCCUGGAGAUUCAUAUGCUUAAUAAGCACCUCGGUGAUUCUUAUGAUUAGGCAAAUUAAGGAGCCAUUGCACUGGGCCAAAGAGCUGCCUUUAUUUACAGUUAGAAGAAUGUCUUUAAAUAACGAAAUUAUCGAAGUCAAAAUGCUUUAAAUAAUUUUCUGAGGAAUACAAGCCAUCUGGUUGGUGUUACAACAGUGUUUUCAUUACAGUGUACAUUUAACAUUUUAGUUUUAUCAAAUUUUUUAAGUGAAUGAGAACCAUCUCAGUAUAUAUGUAUGUAGGUGUGCAUGCCAGUGUUAAAACAGAUUGUGUGAAAGUUCAAACCGGCUUUAAAAAGCCAACAUUUUAUGAUAUAGUAUGCUGUUGAUCAGGAGUUUAAUUACUGAAAUAAAAACAUUGGAUCUUCCAA